AUGGAGUAUGAUGCAUGGUUUGCUCAGCAUAGGCCAGUGCCACUUACUGAUCUUGUUGUUCCCAUUACAUCACAACAUAUUUGGCAUCCUAGACAACAGUUGAGGAUAGUCGCAGGGGAGGGAGCCAGAGGAGGAGGAGAGGGUGGAGCUGAGGGAGGUGGUGGUGAAAAUGAGGGAGGAGGUGGUGGGGAUGAGGAAAAUAAGAGAUUGUCUGUGUCUCCGAGGAAAGGUAAGAGGAAGAUGGAGGAAGGUGGGCAUAGCAAGGAAGAGACAACUCAGAGUAAAAAGAGCAAAAAAGAUACAUGGGUGAAAAUUCAAGAGGAUAAGGAUAAUCAAAAGGAGAUGAAGAUUGACUCAGAGGAAAUCAGAAAAGAUAGGAGUGAGAUGGAAAUGGAUGAGUCUGGAGGUGAGGAAAGCUGGAAAGAAGAGGAAAUGGGGGAAGAGGAAGGAGGAGCUGAGGAUGUUUCCAACCAUGAAAGCCCAACCCACAGUGUUAGUUUAGGCACUGUCAAUAGCCAACCAAUGCAAGAGUAG